UGACGAUGAUGAUGAUAAGAUUCCCCUCUUGUGAACGCUCACUCAAAUGCCGGUCACCUCGCGGAGGAGCUGCCCGAGGGCUCUGAGGCAGAGCCCAGUGAGUGUUCCUGGAACCGCUCCCGCUCCUGCCAGGGCUGAUGGGGAAGCACAAGAGCCUUGGCUGUGGCUCUGCAGUUCGGGUGCUGAAGGGGGAUGGACCCUCCAGACCCUUCACUCUGCUGUUUUCCUUAGAAAGGAUUACAAUUCUUCUUUCCACAAGAAAGUCCAUAAAAAUGAAAUUAAAUGAAAUUAAACAGAGGCAGCAAAACAGCCACGGAAACAGAAACCCGCGGUGAGAGGAAACGGAGAUUUUGGGAGGAAAUGGUGACUUUGUACCCAGAAGCUGCCACUCCCAGGUCCAAGGGUUCAGAGGGUUGCCAAGGGCCGUCUGCUGGGCUGGGAGAGUUUUCCACCUGGGGAAGACCCGGGGAAAUCCCUUUGUCCAAGCUGCUGUAACUCCUGUAAAGUGAAUUCUCUGAUCCAUUCCUGCUCUGGUGGCUCAGGCCUGGGUGCCUGCGGUGGAAGGCAGGAGAGCUGAGGUGCCAAACAAUCCCUGCUCCAGGGAUUUCCCCCUUUCCUGCAGUGGCACAGCCAUUCCAAGCACACACCUGGGCACCUGGCAGCAUGGCAGAGAUCCAUGGCAGUGCCCACACGGGAGGGGGCAGAUCCCUGUCCUAUCUCUGCACUUUACCCCCCCAGCUGUAAAGUGCAGUAAUUCCCUAACUCCCAAAAAACACUGGGCUAACAUAAACCAGGAGCAACUCUUUGAUCUCCUGUAAACAGCAGGCCAGCAGAGUCUCCCAUCCCACUGUUGUUAUUGUUGCUAGGUUAUUAAUAGCUCUCUCCUGCACUGAAACUUUAUUUAAAUGCUAUUAAUAUUUCACAGCCACGCAGGUAAGUGCCAAAGGUCAGGGUUUCACUGAGGAGUCUCACUGAGGUGUCUCACAGCUCUUCCCCUGUGCCAGGGCUCACUGGAGGGUGCAGUGCUGCAAGUUCCACUGUGCUGUCCCCCAAAAUCCUCCCACACCUGCUCCACUCCCAGCACACGUGCAGGGCUGUACCAGGAAGAGAGGCAGGGCGCAUGUGUGCACUCCUGGGCUCCUCAAUCCUCUGCAAUUCACACAGGAAACACCAGAGAAUGGAUGAAGGAAAAGCAUUUGUGUCAAAUGGGAAGUUCUGCUUUGUCCUGUGUGGCUGGAGAGUGGGAGCCCUGAUGGCUCUGUGUGUCCUGCAGCAGGCUCGAGGUCAUGUUCAGCUUCUCCCUCCUCAAAAUGUGACCCUGCUGUCCAGGGAUUUUGCCAUGAUUUUGACCUGGGCUCCAGGGGAAGGCUCUCCCCCAGAUGUGACCUACACUGUGAGGUAUGAAAGCCAGGAUCGCCUGGACAAAUGGAGGAAGGUUCCUCACUGCAGGAACAUCCCCAGGUCCUUCUGCAAUCUGACUUGUGCCCUCUCCAACCUCUACGUCAAGGUGCGGGCUCGGGUGAAGGCGGUUUGGGGCCGGUCCCAGUCGCCCUGGGUGAAAUCCCAGUUCAAGGAUUACUACUCAGACGUGGAACUGGCUCCCCCCGUGCUCACCCUGAAGGUCAGCGACAAUUCCAUCCACGUCAGUGCCUCCUUCCCUCUGCCCACCUGUGUGGAGAACCUCACCUGGAAGUAUGACCUGAACCUCUGGGAAGCGGGAUCUGAAGACAAGCAGAAGAAAUACGAGGGUUACUUCAGGAAGGACACAGUGACCAUCAACACCACUGCCCUCAGAGGCAACUACUGCUUCAGUGCCAGGGCUCUCUAUGAAAGCAUCAACCUGAAGCACAGUGAAUUCUCCCAGCCCGUGUGUGUGCUGUUAAACCACAAAGCACAGUGGAAGUUCCCACUUCUGGUUGUGAUCCCUCUGUUUGUCCUCCCCAUCUUUGUGGCCAGUCCCUUCAUCUGCUGCCUGGUGAAGCAGGAGGCCAAGCAAAGGAAGAUGCCUCAGGUUCUGGAUUUCUCUCAAUUUAAAGCUGCUGGACCAACCUUCCACCCGGAGCUUGGUGAAAAGGAAUUGUGCAGUGAUGAUCUGAGCUGCUCAGAGAUGCCAAUGCCUCAAAGGAGGACAAACAGAGCUUCAGGAGGACACCAGCUGCCAUGGAGGGCUUCUUUCCCAUCAUCAUCAUCACUGUCAUCAUCGUGGUCAGAGGAUGAGGAGGAGGAAGGCAGCAGCACUUUGAUCCCAUACCGUGAAAUGCCUCGGUAUCCAAGGAGAGGUCUCAGCUCUCAGGCAGCCCCAGCAGCUCGGGGGGAAAUCCUGGAUUCAGGGUCUGGAGAUCCCUCUGUGGCAUCUGUGCUGGACCUCAGAGCCCUGGGUUUCACCCUCCUUGCAGAGAGGAAGGGUGAGAGGGACACCUCGGGGUCCCAGGCACACGGGGAGCCCUCCCUGUACCUCUGCUCCUCCUCGGACAGGAUCUCCCUCACUGAUGUGACGUUCCCAGGUGCCCCAGAGCAGGGCCAUGGACACGGGCAUGAGAGGCUGGCAAUGAGCCCCCUGCAGCCCCUGCUGGGGGGGAUUGGUGCUGAACCCCACGAGCUGAACCCCAGGAAGGUUCCCCAUUCCUGCAGGGGUUACCAGAAAUCCGUCCCUGACCUGCAGCUGCAGGAGGAUCCCAGCAGGCAGCUGCUCAUCCCCCUGUGGACACUGCAGCUGGCAGAGGAUGAAGGCAUUGCCAGUGACUGUGGCAGUGACAGCUUCACAGAGGGGACCCCUCCCGAGCCCACCGUGCUCAGUGACACCUUUGGGACUUCAAUUACAGAGGGAAAAUGUGAUCCAAAGCUGCAAUUCCCAGGCUACGAGCACUCCCAUUACUUGGGAAGGAUCUGAAGUGCCCAGCAGGUCUGGGCAGUGCCUGGAAAUCCUGGGAGCUCCAGAUGUCCAAGCAAGGAUCCUUGGACAAGGACAACAACCAAUGCCUGGCCUAUCCAGGCAAUGGCUUUAGGGACACAAAAGUGCAUUUUUAUUGCGAAGUCACCUCUGUGCUGUCACUGUCAGGGGUGGGGAGGCAGGGACAUCUCUGAGGGAGCACUCAGCAAACAGGCACUGCCUGGGGAUCACCUCAGACUCCAGAACAAGGGCCUG